CGUCAAAACUACAUUUAAAAAUGGAAUAAAAAAUGAGAGAAUGCUAGAGAGAAAUUACACGAAUAUUUUGACAAAAUUGGAGCAUGAUUUACCAUUCAAUUUUGAAGAUACAGGCUUGAGAAGCAUGACAUGGUAUUAUGAGACAUAUUGGACAAGUGAACGAUCGCGUGGAAAAGGAAAGGAACAGCGCGAACAGUUCUAGAAAAAAGUUUACUCCCACCGGCGUGACAAAAUUAGUUAAUAAAAGAAGUUUUGCGAUGGUAAAUAAUAUUCCUUGUAUUAUCCAUUAGAGAGUACUACGUCAAUAUUAAAUGUUUUAUAGAUUUUUCUACGAUGACCCGAUUAAAUCAUCGAUCUCUUCGAUAUGUACAUGGGACGAAACUUUUGGUUGAGUUUGUUCCCGAGAUACUACCUUAAACAAUGUAACUUUUAUACGAUAAAUUUUGCACAUUUUAAGAGAUAUUUUAAACUCACUCACAUCGAUAUCGCUCGCCAUAGGCUCAUUUAUAAAUAUAAAAGUAUUUACAUCAUACAGUCAUCAGUGUGAUAACGUUUAUUUACAAUAUUAUUAUGCAUGAGAAUUUUUAAUCAGUCUGUGUGUGUUAUCGCAUGUGACCUGUCCAACUCAUAGUAUUCAUUCGCGACGAAUGUAGAACAAGUGUAUUGCAUCGAUAGCGUGUUUUCGCACUGGACGAAAUGAUUUGGAGGUACAUGUGCGUCUUCGUGCUCUAUCUUGUCCUCACCGACGGUUUGCUCGAUGGGCCCUUGGUCUAUACGAAAUGGGGCAUGAUCCGAGGCAAAUGGAGUAGAAGUCUGCAGAACCGAAAAAUCGCGAAUUUUCUCGGGAUACCGUAUGCAUUACCACCGGUGGGCGAUUUGAGAUUCAAGAGCCCACAACGAUGGAAUGAUAAAUGGAAAUCAAUUCGCAAUGCUACAGCUGAUGGAAACAUGUGUCUUCAAAUAGAGGAUUCCAAAAUUCUUGGCAGUGAGGACUGCCUUUAUUUAAAUAUCUUCAUUCCCUAUAUUCCAGGCAUUCAAUCCAUGAAAUUGCCAGUUUUAGUCUACUUGCAUGGCGGUGCAUAUAAUUUUGGCAGCAGUGAUAGUAAACUUACAACGAACCAAGUCGCGCCAGGUAAUUACGGUCUCAAGGAUAUGAAGAUAGCCCUCGAGUGGAUACACGAGAAUAUUCACAGCUUCAACGGAAAUCCCGAAUCAGUAACCCUUAUGGGAGCGAGUGCCGGUGCUGGAGCGACUCAUCUGCUCGCUUUCUCGAACAAGACAGAAGGACUCUUUCAUAAGUACAUUUUAUUUGGCGGUUCCGCUUUAGCUCCGUGGACUUAUCAUCCCAAAAAAUUGUAUCGACGAACUUGUUUGAAAUUGGCAAGGCUGGUUGGCUGCCAGCCGAAAAAAGACGACGAUAUAAUCGUAUCAAACGAGACAGUCACCGAUAAUUCCGAGGAGGAAAAUGGAGGAAGGGGAAGUGACGCUAAUGCCAAUGUUUCGCAUAAAGAUUAUAAUGAAGGAUCCAUAAAAGACGACGAGGAAAUGGUAAAAUGCAUGAGAACGAUCGAUGCGAGGCAACUUACGAAAAUGUUAAAACACUUUUAUGUUUGGAGGGGAAAUCCAAUAUGUAACUUUGCUCCUACAUUGGAAGAUGAUUCGGAGGACGCUAUCCUGACGAUGAAUCCAUGGAAAAUAAUAAAGAACGGUUUGUUCCGCGAUAUACCGGCGAUAAUGGAAGUCGUGAAAGACGAAGGGUUGGUGAAGACACUCGAUUUCUUCAUAGAUCCAAACAUGGAGAAAGAAAUGAUCGAGAAUUUCGAAGAAUACAUACUCUAUCUUUUAGAAAAUCGCGAUUGGAUUUCCAACACUAGCAUUUUCGCCACGGCAAUACAGGAUUUUUAUUUCAAUGGAAAUGUGUCGUUGGAUCUUAAAAGCAACAUCACGGAGGUAAUAGGUGACGGCAGCAUGAUAUGGCCGAUGUUAAAAACUGUGCAAUAUCAAUCAGAAAUAGGAAAUUCCAACAUUUAUUUCUCUUUUUUCGCGUACGAAGGCACAUUCUCGUUUUCUUUGGCUUCAGGCACCACGACUCGUUAUGGUGUUUUUCACAACGAUGACUUAAACUACUUAUUCCCUCUAUUGAAUAAUAUACAUCAGAAUAUUAUGUCAAACAAUACGGAGACUGAUUUUAUGGUUAUCAAUAUCAUGACAGAGAUGUGGGCAAAUUUCAUGAGAGAAGGGGUACCGACAGCGUGGAUGAUUCCUGCGUGGCCCGAUUACCGCGAUUAUCAUCAGUUUAUGAGAUUCGGGAUUGGCAAGUCGCCGGAUAUUGUGAUACAAACUGAUUUCCUGUGCGACAGAAUGGAGUUCUGGGACAAGUUGUCGAUCGUAUCGACGGAACAAGUGGAAUCCGACCUGAUCGUUAGCGCUUCUCCGGAUAACACUCGAUUUAUUCUUGUAUUUUUAAUUAUCGCUUUGCUUUACGUAUAUUAAAAUUAUUCAAUCUGCGAAUGAAGACAAUCACUUAUACACAUCGCGUCAGCGAUCGCACUUGAAAAAUUUCUCCAAUUGCACAUAAAGAGAAAAAUGCGCGGAUAAACUAAGAAUAAGAAAUAUAAUAUUUUAUGCGUAAAUUAUAUAAAAUAGUUUGGCUCUCACAAACAUAUAAAAUAUAUUCUUUAUAAGAUAUUAUG